AUGGCCCGACGAGGAGGCCGCUCAGGCACGCUGCGUUUUCAAGGGCCGAUCUGCACACUGAUUCUAAACAAGAUCCCUAAACAAGGAAGACAGAGCCCCAGGCUUUCAAGAGUUCACAGGAGGGCAAACAAGUCAGCAAAAAACUACAAUCCGUGCAACAAGUACCAAAGCGAAGGUAGGGCAGGCCAGGCGGCGGCAAACCGCCGAAAUGUGAAAAGGCCAGGCCCUUCACCAGGAGGGAGACCCGGCGGGUCUGACCUCUGGUCCCAAAUUUCCCCACGAACUCGUCCAGGGCCCUGGCCCGGAGGCGCCCCGGGAAGGGGUGCUGGGGGCACGCGGGGAAGCGCGCCGGGCACUCUACAGGCCCUCUUUACCCCGGGCCGGCGCGAGCCCCGCGGGCCCCUCGGCACCCCGCGGACACGCCUGGGCACCCAGUGGUGUGGGCCGCGCGCGCCCCGGCCGUCCCAUGCCCCGCCACAGCCGACUCGCGUCCCCACCUCCCCCAGCCGGCUCCCCAACUCCCCCGCCCGCCCGGUGCGCGCUGCCCCUUCCCCCCUCACGACCCCAACCCCCGGCCGGGCCCAGCGCUCCCACCGCAGACCCGAGCCGGGGGACCUCACCUCUGGCAGGAGCCGGCGGCAGCGGACGCCGUCGUGGGGCUCAGCGCAUCCUGGGGUCACAGGCAGCCGAAAAGUGAGGCCGCGCGAAGCCCACAACGAGUUAUGUAACCGGCAGGGGCCGCAAGCCCGGACGGAGGCGGCGGCCCGCGGCACUUCCGCCUCCCGCGCCCGGCCGGCGACGCAGGCCGGAAGCCCAUUGGCCACCGGCCCCCACGUGGGGGCGCCUCUGCCCGACGCCGCAGCUGCCCGAAGCCGCCGCCGCCAUCUUAGGAGCUGGCAGCCUUCCCGUGAGGCCCGGCGGCCGGCGCAGGCGCAGACGAGCCGGAUUCCGACCCGGGCGCCUGUGAGCUGGCUGGAAUGGUGCAACGCGAGUGGGAGCCCACCGGCUCGGACCUUUUAGGGCCGACUGAGCACCCCGCGCGCACAUACCCGGGCUCCGGAGACCAGGAUUGCCCUCUGCCCUGCAGUCCUGGGCUAACGCUCCCUCGGCUGGGCUUGGGGCUCGGGCUUUUCCGCGUCGAGCCGGGGAAGCGUGGGUGACGACCUGGCCGGCGGGCAGCAGCUUCCUGCCGGGCGACACGGCCUGCAGCCAGUCCGUCUCUUCACAAAGGUUGUUGUUGAGAACUGUCGCCGUGCCAAUGGGCAGGGGUCGGUCGCACUCAAGGGACCGGAGGCUCUGUAUCACAAGAUCGAACUCAAGUUCUAUUCCUAGGGAACCCGUGCCGAGCAAAAUCUUACAGUAAUUUUAAGUCAGGGAUGGAAACUGAGGCCUCGAGAGGUUAAAUAAGGAAUCCAAGAUAUUAGAGCUGUUAAGGUGUUGGGAGCAAUUUCAACCCACACCGCCCAACUCCAGACUCCUGCCUUAACUGCCAUGCUAAUUUUGGAAGAAAUGCACACCCACUGGAAUAAGAAAAAUAUAGACAAGCAUAAAGAGGAAAAAAUUACCCUUGGCUCACCAACCGAAGAUGAACACUCAAAAUGUGCACGUGUCCUUAUUGCUCUCUUCGGUAUGUUUUUAAUAAUGACAUUGUCUUACAUA